GCGAGGGGGAAGGAAAGGCAUUUCGACGAGUGAACGUACAGAUCCCUGGAGGAGGCGGCAGAAGUCCCAUGCCAAUGCGUUGGCCCCGUGUGGCAGGGCAGGGUGGGCUGGUGGGGGCACCUGCGGCCCCGUCCCCAGCGCAGCUCUACACCUGCGCCAGACGUAAGGGCAGGGCAGGGGCUCCCCAUCCGCUGCUGGCAGCCGGGAAGGAAAGGGACUGAGGCUGGGAUGGAGUGGGAGGAAAAUCCUGGUGUUUGGAGCCGGAGAAGGGCCGAGGAGCAGCCCUGGCAUUGGGAACAGCUGCGCCUCGGCAGCACCUUUCUGUCUCUCCAGCCUCCUGACACAUCUGCAGCUUUUGCUGCAUUUCUCACCUUGGUGGGUACUUUGCAUACAAUGGAGAGAGCAGCCUUAUCUGCUGUGCAUCUAAUUCUGCACUAAUGCACUCCUCUGUCCGUCAAGGGUACCAGGUGAGGUUGGCCCUGUAAAUCUCAGACCUUCACCUGAAAUCUCCCCAGGUGGUGAACAUCCCCUGGACAAAGCAGCCGCUGUUCUUGGAGGACUGGGCAGUGCCCACAAGGUACCUAGGCUCACUGCUACCGGUGAGCAGCACCAGAAGAAGGAGCGAUUUCAGUGCAAGGAGGUGAUGGUACAGGUGACUGUGACACACUACCCAACUGAUGGGAGCAACUUGAGAGAUACAAUGGGAAGGGCCUGGUUUGGUGCAGUGCCUGUGGGAGGGUAACAAGGUACCCAUGCUUCCUCCUUUGGACAAAAGUGCGAAGUCCUGCAUCUGGGGAGGUACAACUCCAUGCACCAGUAUGUGCUGGGGCCCACCCAGCUGUAAAGGAGCUUUGCAGAGAAUGACCUGGGUUGUCUUGCUGGACAAUGAGCUAGCAAUGUCCCCUUGCCCCAAACAAGCUGCUCAUAAAGCAAACUCCAUUCUUUAGGACUCUAGUACUUGGGCCAAGCGCUGUGUCUUAGGCUGGUGAGGAACUGCUGAGAGAGGUGACUUCCAGCUACGCUGAGGCACUCCAAAUACCUUCACACUGAAUUAAACUAAGAAUCCCAACUGGUGUCAAACCAUCCUCGUUGGGGCCUGAAAUCAGCAGCAGUGGAGCAUGAGCUUUGCAGGGGCAGAAAAAGGAGGACUGAGAUACCAAAGGUUGCAUUUCAGUGCCUGUGCUAUGGGGAGUUCUUUGCCAGGUUUGUUCUGUUGCUGUUCAGUUGCACUCAGGGUCCUUCUGGCUCUGGCUGUUCUGUGGAGCUCAUGAUCAGAGCAGUGGAGACUGUUCCUGCUAUGACCGGCAAAUUUCCUCAUGAGGAGUGACACACAAGGAUGUGCAAACAUGCACGUGCUCAUGCACACCAGUGUAGAAUCAUGCAAAGGAACCUGCCCUAGAAAUUCUGAGGCCUUUCAUCCCAGUGCUCAGAAGACUUCAUUGGGGCAUGGGCAUGGCACAAACCUGGAAAUGAAAAGGCAGCAGUGUUCGAAACCAGAUCACCACCCAUAUCAUUAGCUGUGAUGGUUUGCAUUUGAGAUGAGCUUGUCAGAAAAUUGUUACCUCUGCAAAGGGUGCCUCUGGUCCUGCAGCAGUGAAGGGCAGGUAUAAAAGGCAGCCCAAGCCUGUGCUGUCUCAUCCACUUCUCUUGCCUCCUUCUCCUCGGGAACCAGGUAAGUCUGAAGCCCCUUCUCCUCCUCUGCCAAAGAUCUCUGCUCGAUGGACACCUUAGCUGAUAUUGGCUAUGUCCUGUGCUGUGGUUUGGAUCUUCUUGUCUUGACAGAGGGAAGCGGGUGGAAGGUCUGCUUAGAGAGAGUCUGGGAUGUGGCCGAGGGAGCUUUUGCUUUACAAAUUGGGAGAGAGACUCACUGGGGCAGGCUGCUCGUUAUAGAGCGAUGAAGACUACAUGCGUCUCCUGGCCGAGCCUCCAGCUCCCCACUCAGUAGUAGCCUUGUCUCCCCUGUGACAGGGUAACCAGGCUGCUUCUCACUUAGUGUUUUGCUCUAUUUCCUCACUGCUUGCCUCCAAGUUGCACUUCCACCCUCAAGACAUGUCCUGCUACAGCCCGUGCAUGCCCUGCCGGCCCUGCGGCCCGACUCCGCUGGCCAACAGCUGCAACGAGCCCUGUGUCAGGCAGUGCCAGAACUCCACCGUCGUCAUCGAGCCCCCUGCUGUGGUGGUGACCCUGCCCGGCCCCAUCCUCAGCUCCUUCCCGCAGAACACCGUUGUGGGCUCCUCCACCUCCGCUGCCGUUGGCAGCAUCCUCAGCUGUGAGGGAGUGCCCAUCAACUCCGGGGGCUUUGACCUCUCCUGCAUCACCAGCCGCUACUGUGGCAGAAGGUGUCCCCCAUGCUAAAGCUGCUGGGAAAGCUCCAUGGAGACACCUUGAAGAACACAGAACAUGGUGCUGGGCAAAGGAUCAAGAUUUUCAAUGUGCUUGCAGUAUUGUUGAAUGGCUUUGCCUUUCUUUAC